GUUGGAACGCGCGCGUUCAAUUCGCGACUCAAUGCCUGCGAAUCUCAGGCCCGAAACCAAUGGCAAUACGCCAGAGGAUUGGCAUGUCUUUGAGCUCUUAUGUGGCAAAUUGUCCUCGAACUCAAGCACAUUGCCAAUCCCCAGUAUGCCAGGGGAUAAUCAUCUGCAUCAUCAUCACUUGGGACUCAGUGGUGGACUAUCGCCGCAUCAUCACCAUUUGCUGGAUACAUCCUGUGGCACGGCAGGCAUCACAGUCAGUGAACAUCAUCAUGGACUUGAUUUGACAACCACGCUGCGCAGUGAACUGGCCGCACUGUCCUACAAAAAGGAGCGUCUAACCAGCGAGCUGACAGAGACACGCAGCGCGCUAUGCAGCAAGGACUCAGAGGUGGAGAAUCUGCGGGCACAGACCGCACGCCAGUCGGCUUUGAUAGCCUCGCUGCAGGGACGACUGCAGUCGGCGGAGCAGCGGGAGCAGGUGGUGCAGUCGCGUUGCGAUGGAACCAUACAGACGGUGCAGCGGGAGAAGCGCAGCUCGGAUGAGCGCAAUAAGGAGCUGCUGUGCAAGCUGCAGCAUCUGGAGGGGCAGCUGGCCAGCGAGGAGUCGCACAAGGAACAGUCUAAGGCGCAGUUCCAUGAGCUGUUGCGACGUCUCAGCGUGGCACUUGGCCUGGAGGUGUGCGAGGGCAAUCAUGCCACGCCCGAGUGUGUAGUGUCGCGUGCUGAGGAGCUGCUGCUGGAGCUGCAGCGGGCAAAGGCCAAGGUGGCCUCCACCUGUGACACGCUGAGCAGCUGCGAGAACGAACUGCUCAAUCUCAAGUCAUUGGCCAACAUAGAGAAGCAACGAUUGAGCGCGCAGCUGGACGGCGCUGGCAAUCAUAACCAUGAGCUGGAGGGACGUUGUCGUCAAUAUGAACGCGAUUUGCAGCUGCAAAGGGAUCGCCUCACUGAGUCCGAAAUCAAUGGCGAGAAGUUGAAGGAGGAGCUGCGUGGCUUUGAGUCGCGUUGCCAUCGAUUGCAAAAUAACUUGGACCGUUGCCAGGGCGAUCGUCUGCAGUUCCUGCGCACUCUAAGCAAUCUGCUCAAUGUGCCUGAACCCUGCGAGACGCUCAUCAAGGAUAAGCUGAGGGAGCUGCUGGGCGAGAAUCAGUCAAUGCAAGCGCAACUGCACUCGAUGCGCGAUCAGCUGAGCUGUGAGCAUGAGAAGCUCAAGGAAACGCAACAGUCCACCGAGUGUCGUCUGCGCUCCGAUGAAGCGCAAAAGUGCGAGAUGGCAGAGCGUCUGGAUAAAUGCCAUGCCGAGAUACACACGCUGCGCAAGGAUCACUUGAGUCUGGCUGAGUUUCUGCAGCGUUUGGCGCAUGCGCUCAACUGGAGUGAAUGCUCAGCGCCGCCGGCUGUGGGUGCGGACACCAAUUUGAUGGCAGACAGCUUGCUGGAACGCGCCGAGCGGCUGGCUGCUCAUUGUGAGCAUGAGCUGGAGAAGGGCUGCUGUGAUCACGUGCAGCAGCAUCAUGGUCAUCAUCAUGGCCAUCAUGGGCCGAGUAAGCUGCGACGAGAGCGCUCCUGUCACGACUUGACGCUGAAGGAGAGCAGCAGCGUCUACAAUUUGCAGCGACGUGUCCGCGUGCUGCGCGAGCAAGUGCAGCGACGGGACCUGCACUUGGAGCUGCUGCGUCGCAAGCUGGCCAUCAUUGAGGAUGGCGCUAGGGGCAAGUGCAUGCUGCAGGGCGAGCGGGAUGAGGCGGUGUGUCGUGCCAAGAAGACGGCCAAGCAGGUGGAUAAGCUAAGCGCGCAGCUGGCGGAUGCGCGUGCUCAGAUUGCGGAGGUCAAGGCACAGCUGGCGGAGGCGGUGGAGUAUAAGAUCACAUCGCUGGAGCGUGCGCGCAAAAUUGAUGAGCUGACCACACAAAUCUGCGAUCUGGAGGAUGAGAAGACCAGAAUGCUGGCGCAGCUGAAUGCGUUAAAGGAGCGUCUAAAGUCCAGCUGUGAAUCCAAUCAGAAUCGACGCUGUCGCGAUGAGGCGCUUAUCAAUUCGCUGCGUGAGGAUGUCAGUCGCCUUAGCGCUCAGCUUUCGGAUGCCAAUCAGCGUCUGUCGCAUUUGCAGUCCUUUCGCACCUCCGUGGCGCGCACUUUGCAUUUGCGUGACUUACCCGAAACGGAUUUGCUGCAUCGCUUGCAGGCGCUUUGCUCGGCUCAUCAGGAAUUCACGCUGCUGUCCAAACGCUAUGAGACUGCCUCGCCCGUCGGCGAUCAUCCGUGCCCGCGUUAUGAUGAUCCUGUGCCGCCCUCUGCGCAUUGUCGCCCGCCGCGUGAGCUUAGUCCGCAUAAGCACGAUCACAGGCAUGAACAUGGCCACGCCCACUCGCAUUCCCAUUCACAUGGCACACGUCAUCUGCAGAGACAGCGCAGCAAGAGUCGCGACAAGCGUUUGCAUGAUGCUUGCUUCGACUCGGAUGUGCAUCGUGCUCAUCAUGGCUGCAAGGAUCAGCUGCUGGCUAAUAAUUCAAGCGGCAGCUGCGACGAGGACUUUGAUUUUAAGAGCAAAUAUUGCUAAACUAACUGCCCUUUUAAACAUUUUAU